AGCGUGAACCCCCAGGGAGUUAGGUCGAUCUAAAACUUAAUCUUUAGAUCGAUCUAAAUCUCUGGGAAAGCACUCAUUGACAAAGCCCCCUUUUGGCCAGAAAAGGUCCAAUCUGAAUUGAAAUUUGGGUCAUGCAAGGGUUAAAAGGGUCAGUCUCUUACCUUGUAUUGAAAUUGGCAACUACGUACAGGCCUAUAUUAUGGCACAUUGAUAAGAUAGCUUUUAGAAUACUGUUAUGUGUUUGCCUUAAUCCAUAACCAUACAGCUUAUAUUAAUGGCUUUAAGAUGAUAAAACAAACUUUGCUUUGAUAUUUGUCAUGAUCUUUUAUUCAAUAGGAUAACAAAAAUGAGUUGGUUUAACCAUGAUAGAACAAUUAUUGGUCAUGCAUGUAGUCUAUCACAAUUCUUUCUUGGGACUUAUAUAGCCCAAAUGAAGUUAAAUGUAAUACACGUACCGGAAGAAGGGAAUAAAUAGUUAAAACUGAAAUUGAUGACAGAUUUUAGAAGCUUAUAUUUAAACAGUCAUAGAUAUUACACACUGCAUCUUUAUGAUCAGGAUCAGUGCAUUGCUAGGUUAAAGUGUAUACAAAACCCAAAAAGCAUGAGCAAAAUUUGAAUAAAAUAAAAUUGUGAAAUCUUCUCUAACACAAUUUCACAUUGAUUGCCAGAUGCAGCUCUAUACACAUUACAGGGGCUCUGCUAAAAUAAUCAAAAUGUUUUAUGCAUGAAAACACUAAACUAACUGGGGAUGUCCGAUUGUGGCUCCCAAAAAGUCAGGAAUCUGCUGAUAGUAGGUAAAAUGUCAUUAUCUGCUAUGGGUCCACUGCCAUCAAUUAACACUAUUAAUGCCUAUGAUAAAUAGCAGCUAUAAUACGGGGCACUGGCUUAAAAUUAAGUAAGAAGCACGUGGUGUGGUGAAUAAAAUAACGAAAAAGGAAUGGGUGUUUUUGCUGUUAAAGUGUGAGUGUAACUGUUUAAAUGCUUUGUACUUAUAUCAAGAUAAAUAUUUAAGUUAAAAGAAAUUGUGGGGAAACUGUUAUAUUGGCCAAUUUUGGGCAUUUUCUUGAAACUAUCUUCUGGUACCUGAAUUUUUAUCAAAUUUUAUAUAAUUACUAUAUGCCAAAGUUGAAUGUUGCUGUCUCUAAAUCUAACAAAAAUCUCUUAUAAUUAAAGUUUUUGUCUACUUUUUAUUUGAAAGCUAGUAGGCCUAUAUAUAUGUGUAUUUUCCCCCAAAAAUCCAGCAAAUCUAAUUUUCCUCGGAAAAAGGAAUAGGGGUCUUUCAUGUUGUCAUGGAGGUCAGAGAGCUGGGAAUCAAACUACGAGUACUAGUACAUGAACAUGCACCAUUCGUGAAUACAGUCACCCCUGCUGGGGGCCGCCUGCUGGUUUAGUACAGACGUAGAUUCUACUGCAGUUGUAAAAGAUAACGUUGAGACACCGUUUAGCCACCGUUGAGAUUGUUCAAAGGCUUUUGUAUUCUGUUGUGCUGCUUUUUUUACGUAUAUAGCACAAGCAAGGUACGACUCUGGAAACGGGACGACUUCUAUUCCUAACAAACUACUGUAUAGUAGGUAAAUUGCCUUGACACGAAAUGACCUUUGGUAACUAACAGCUGACCAACUUACAAAACUAGGUCGACUUUGUAAACGUGUGCAAGAUUGAGAUACGCUGUAGAUGCCAUUCUUAACUCGUGGUUUGAUGGCCCAGGUGAUGCGAGCUAUCCGAGUGAAUGAGUUUGGUGGACCUGAGGUGUUGGUGCUGGCUAAAGAUGUCCCCAUUCCAAAACCUGGGAAAUGUCAGGUUUUGAUCAAGGUAGCAGCUGCAGGGAUAAACCCAGUGGACACAUAUAUCCGCACAGGAACACACACAGUGAAGCCACCAUUGCCCUAUACCCCUGGCAUGGACGUGUCAGGAAUAGUGGAGGAAUUAGGGGAAGAGGUCACUAAGUUUAAAAAAGGAGACCACGUGUACACAGUUCGCACAGCUUCUGGUGGGUAUGCCGAGUAUGCAGUGGCUGAUGACAGGACAACCUUUAAACUCCAUAAAAACUUGGAGUUUACACAGGGAGCUUGUGUUGGAGUCCCCUACUUCACUGCAUAUAGGGCCCUUGUUAUUAGGGGCAGUGCUAAACCAGGAGAAACUGUGCUUGUCCAUGGUGCAAGUGGCGGAGUUGGUUUGGCAGCUUGUCAGAUAGCUAAGAACCUGGGUCUGCAGGUUAUAGGUACUGCCAGCACAGCAGAGGGCCUGCAUCUUGUCAAGGAGAAUGGGGCCCACCAUGCUUUUAAUCACAAGGAAGAGGGGUACCUGGACAAAAUAAAGGAGGCCACAGAUGGUAAGGGAGUUGAUAUUAUAUUGGAGAUGUUGGCCAAUGUAAACCUGCCUGCUGACACGAUGCUUUGCAAGAAACAUGGCCGCAUUCUGAUUAUAGGUAAUCGUGGGAGUUGUGAGAUCAACCCUCGUCAACUGAUGACAGUUGAAACAUCAGUUAUUGGAGUCAUGCUCAUGGUGACUGAACCGCAUGAAUGGGAAAUGAUGGGAAGCUUCAUGUAUGCUGGUAUGGAACAGGGCUGGUUGAAACCAGUGGUACACAGGAAAUAUGACCUGAAGGAGGCGCCACAAGCACACAUAGAUGUCAUCAGCAAUCAGGGGUCCAAGGGAAACCUGGUUCUGCAGAUAUAGCACAUGUACCGUACAAAAUUAGCUGCCGAUCAAUUAUCUCUUGCCUAGGAAGAAUGAUGUUAGUGCUUAAUGCAAUGUUUGCAGAUAAUUAAUUUUAAUAAAAAUUAUGGGACCACAGGUUUAUAGAAUUUCUAGCACAGUCAACUACUACAGCUUGCAGGCAAAAUUGUCCCAGCUGGAAAGAAUUUCUAUGAACUUUUCUAUGAAUCUAGGAACUUGAGCUAUGUAAUUUUGCUUUUAAAUAACAAUAUUAUAAUUAGGGAUGGACACCUUCAAGGGCUUGGCCAGAGAUAAAGUAGAAGUUUCUUUAUAUACUAGAUAAAAGUUACAGGAGAUUGAAUUUGUAUAUGAAUGCUCAUCUGUUGUUCUUCCUUUUGCAUUAAAUUGUCAAAGUAAACAUUUAAAAUCAGUGUUAAUACUAAAUGCAGCCUUCCGGUGUAGGCUUUUUCUCCCAUCUGAUUUCUGUCCAUUGGAUAAUAAGACAAGCACAAAAAAUACUGUUUCCAAAACAGUGUAUAACUGUGAUUAGUCAUUGUUAAAGUGACGGGGAUUUUGCUAUUUCUGCUGUUGGUGGUUCAAAUGGAAGACAAUGUAAAUUUGUUCCUCACGGAAGUAUGAUGUACAGAUAGAUUUUAACCUUAUAAGACUUCCUUGCAAAAUGAAAGAGUUUGCAAAAAGAAUUUUAUUGCUGCUAAUUUGCAGCCAUAUUGCGGAAAAUUUGCAAGGAACUGCAGAUUGCAGCAGUAUUGCAGGCCUGAUAUUUUGUUAUGGGGCCCUAUUUCCAGACGAUGGUGAGAGCCGUUAUCUAAGAAAACAUUUUCUUACAGUUGUCAAUCAAUGUGAUUGAUCAGCAUCAAUAAAACUGCAACAUACUUCAUGCUGCUUUGAUUUUAAAAUCUGUGAAGAUGUCAACAGCAGUAUUGUAUGUCAGAUAUGAAUAUUUAAAUCUGUAUGGCAAUAUUUUGUGUCUCUAACUUCUAACAAAACAACAGUGCCAAUAAAGGAAUAAUUUUUUACUAAGGCAAUGUUGUGUCUCUUAGCUGUGCCAAUGAAAGGUGAAGUGAUAUCAAAACCAUAUAAAUGAAAAAUAACAGGAUUUUAUUGCUUAUUGUAAGACAGACUAAAAGAAGUGGUUAAACAGUUUAAAAUAUACAACAAGUUUAUUGCUAAAUGUUGAAAAGGAACUUUUCAAUACAUGCACUGCAAUUACAUUGUUACUCUCUCAACCACAAACAUUUGUCUAUUCUGUAAAGGACUGCCAUUAAAUUGACAUUUUCAUUACAAAGAUAAAUUUUAAAAAUAAAUUCAGAAUGUAAUUGCUGUAUCAAAGAAGAUUAAAGAUGGCUAAUAUAGUAAACAAUGAACUCUAAUCUAUUCCUCAAGACAGCACUAGAUCAUAACACUGUCACGCAUGUACACAUGUAUACGUAAAAGUCUGUAAUAUAAACAAUAAAAAUGAUGGACAAACAUUA